UUAAUCAUGAAGACUUUACACUAAUGGAAUAUGUGCAUUGUGUUAAUCAUGAAGACUUUACACUAAUGGAAGAUGUGCAUUGUGUUAAUCAUGAAGACUUUACACUAAUGGAAGAUGUGCAUUGUGUUAAUCAUGAAGACUUUACACUAAUGGAAGAUGUGCAUUGUGUUAAUCAUGAAGACUUUACACUAAUGGAAGAUGUGCAUUGUGUUAAUCAUGAAGACUUUACACUAAUGGAAGAUGUGCAUUGUGUUAAUCAUGAAGACUUUACACUAAUGGAAGAUGUGCAUUGUGUUAAUCAUGAAGACUUUACACUAAUGGAAUAUGUGCAUUGUGUUAAUCAUGAAGACUUUACACUAAUGGAAGAUGUGCAUUGUGUUAAUCAUGAAGACUUUACACUAAUGGAAGAUGUGCAUUGUGUUAAUCAUGAAGACUUUACACUAAUGGAAGAUGUGCAUUGUGUUAAUCAUGAAGACUUUACACUAAUGGAAGAUGUGCAUUGUGUUAAUCAUGAAGACUUUACACUAAUGGAAGAUGUGCAUUGUGUUAAUCAUGAAGACUUUACACUAAUGGAAGAUGUGCAUUGUGUUAAUCAUGAAGACUUUACACUAAUGGAAGAUGUGCAUUGUGUUAAUAAUGAAGACUUUACACUAAUGGAAGAUGUGCAUUGUGUUAAUCAUGAAGACAUUACACUAAUGGAAGAUGUGCAUUGUGUUAAUCAUGAAGACAUUACACUAAUGGAAGAUGUGCAUUGUGUUAAUCAUGAAGACAUUACACUAAUGGAAGAUGUGCAUUGUGUUAAUCAUGAAGACUUUACACUAAUGGAAGAUGUGCAUUGUGUUAAUCAUACUAUUUGUCCAUGUAUUGAAUGAUACACAACUUUCCAUAACUGCAGUGUGGACUUUUUACAGAUGAAACCCCUUCCAUUAUGACACUCCCUUCCUGUAUCUGUCAUAAAGGCCGAUGCAUUCUUUGUCCUUUAGUUACACAACUAAAUCUAGUAGCUGUCACUUACCUUUAGUGCUGUAGGUCUGUAGCUGUCACUUACCUGUCAUGUUGUAGGUCUGUAGCUGUCUCUUACCUGUCAUGUUGUAGGUCUGUAGCUGUCACUUACCUGUCAUGCUGUAGAUCUGUAGCUGUCACUUACCUGUCAUGCUGUAGAUCUGCUCUCAUGGUGCUGAGAAUGCUUAGUACUGUAGCUGUCACUUACCUUUCAUGCUGUAGGUCUGCUCUCAUGGUGCUGAGAAUGCUUAGUACUGUAGCUGUCACUUACCUUUCGUGCUGUAGAUCUGCUGUCAUGGUGCUGAGAAUGCUUAGUACUGUAGCUGUCACUUACCUUUCGUGCUGUAGAUCUGCUCUCAUGGUGCUGAGAAUGCUUAGUACUGUAGCUGUCACUUACCUUUCAUGCUGUAGAUCUGCUCUCAUGGUGCUGAGAAUGCUUAGUACUGUAGCUGUCAAUUACCUUUCAUGCUGUAGAUCUGCUCUCAUGGUGCUGAGAAUGCUUAGUACUGUAGCUGUCACUUACCUGUCAUGCUGUAGAUCUGCUCUCAUGGUGCUGAGAAUGCUUAGUACUGUAGCUGUCACUUACCUUUCAUGCUGUAGAUCUGCUCUCAUGGUGCUGAGAAUGCUUAGUACUGUAGCUGUCACUUACCUGUCAUGCUGUAGAUCUGCUCUCAUGGUGCUGAGAAUGCUUAGUACUGUAGCUGUCACUUACCUUUCAUGCUGUAGGUCUGCUCUCAUGGUGCUGAGAAUGCUUAGUACUGUAGCUGUCAAUUACCUGUCGUGCUGUAGGUCUGCUCUCAUGGUGCUGAGAAUGCUUAGUACUGUAGCUGUCACUUACCUGUCAUGCUGUAGAUCUGCUCUCAUGGUGCUGAGAAUGCUUAGUACUGUAGCUGUCACUUACCUGUCAUGCUGUAGGUCUGUAGCUGUCACUUACCUGUCAUGCUGUAGGUCUGUAGCUGUCACUUACCUGUCAUGCUGUAGGUCUGUAGCUGUCACUUACCUGUCAUGCUGUAGGUCUGUAGCUGUCACUUACCUGUCAUGCAGUAGGUCUGUAGCUGUCACUUACCUGUCAUGCUGUAGGUCUGUAGCUGUCACUUACCUGUCAUGCUGUAGGUCUGUAGCUGUCACUUACCUGUCAUGCUGUAGGUCUGUAGCUGUCACUUACCUGUCAUGCUGUAGGUCUGUAGCUGUCACUUACCUGUCAUGCUGUAGGUCUGUAGCUGUCACUUACCUGUCAUGCUGUAGGUCUGUAGCUGUCACUUACCUGUCAUGCAGUAGGUCUGUAGCUGUCACUUACCUGUCAUGCUGUAGGUCUGUAGCUGUCACUUACCUGUCAUGCUGUAGGUCUGUAGCUGUCACUUACCUGUCAUGCUGUAGGUCUGUAGCUGUCACUUACCUGUCAUGCUGUAGGUCUGUAGCUGUCACUUACCUGUCAUGCUGUAGGUCUGUAGCUGUCACUUACCUGUCAUGCUGUAGGUCUGUAGCUGUCACUUACCUGUCAUGCUGUAGGUCUGUAGCUGUCACUUACCUGUCAUGCUGUAGGUCUGUAGCUGUCACUUACCUUUCAUGCUGUAGGUCUGUAGCUGUCACUUACCUUUCAUGCUGUAGGUCUGCUCUCAUGGUGCUGAGAAUGCUUAGUACUGUACCUGUCACUUACCUUUCAUGCUGUAGGUCUGCUCUCAUGGUGCUGAGAAUGCUUAGUACUGUACCUGUCACUUACCUUUCAUGCUGUAGGUCUGCUCUCAUGGUGCUGAGAAUGCUUAGUACUGUACCUGUCACUUACCUUUCAUGCUGUAGGUCUGCUCUCAUGGUGCUGAGAAUGCUUAGUACUGUACCUGUCACUUACCUUUCAUGCUGUAGGUCUGCUCUCAUGGUGCUGAGAAUGCUUAGUACUGUACCUGUCACUUACCUUUCAUGCUGUAGGUCUGCUCUCAUGGUGCUGAGAAUGCUUAGUACUGUACCUGUCACUUACCUUUCAUGCUGUAGGUCUGCUCUCAUGGUGCUGAGAAUGCUUAGUACUGUACCUGUCACUUACCUGUCAUGCUGUAGGUCUGUAGCUGUCACUUACCUGUCAUGCAGUAGGUCUGUAGCUGUCACUUACCUGUCAUGCUGUAGGUCUGUAGCUGUCACUUACCUGUCAUGCUGUAGGUCUGUAGCUGUCACUUACCUGUCAUGCUGUAGGUCUGUAGCUGUCACUUACCUGUCAUGCUGUAGGUCUGUAGCUGUCACUUACCUGUCAUGCUGUAGGUCUGUAGCUGUCACUUACCUGUCAUGCUGUAGGUCUGUAGCUGUCACUUACCUGUCAUGCUGUAGGUCUGUAGCUGUCACUUACCUGUCAUGCUGUAGGUCUGUAGCUGUCACUUACCUGUCAUGCUGUAGGUCUGUAGCUGUCACUUACCUUUCAUGCUGUAGGUCUGUAGCUGUCACUUACCUUUCAUGCUGUAGGUCUGCUCUCAUGGUGCUGAGAAUGCUUAGUACUGUACCUGUCACUUACCUUUCAUGCUGUAGGUCUGCUCUCAUGGUGCUGAGAAUGCUUAGUACUGUACCUGUCACUUACCUUUCAUGCUGUAGGUCUGCUCUCAUGGUGCUGAGAAUGCUUAGUACUGUACCUGUCACUUACCUUUCAUGCUGUAGGUCUGCUCUCAUGGUGCUGAGAAUGCUUAGUACUGUACCUGUCACUUACCUUUCAUGCUGUAGGUCUGCUCUCAUGGUGCUGAGAAUGCUUAGUACUGUACCUGUCACUUACCUUUCAUGCUGUAGGUCUGCUCUCAUGGUGCUGAGAAUGCUUAGUACUGUACCUGUCACUUACCUUUCAUGCUGUAGGUCUGCUCUCAUGGUGCUGAGAAUGCUUAGUACUGUACCUGUCACUUACCUUUCAUGCUGUAGGUCUGCUCUCAUGGUGCUGAGAAUGCUUAGUACUGUACCUGUCACUUACCUGUCAUGCUGUAGGUCUGUAGCUGUUUUACCUGUCAUGCAGUAG